AUGAGUCAAGCUGAAAUCCGAGCUCAGAAGCAACGCGAGCAAAAUGAGCGCCGGCUUUCAGUUCAACGCAACAACGCAUAUUUCUCUAUUCGGUCCCAGAGUGACAGCGAAAGCGCAAAGCCCAAUCCAUCGACCACCCUCAAACCCCCUCAAGAUUCAGCGGCAACAACAACUAGUACAGUGACAUGUUUUAGAACCUCUAUCGCGCCAACAACAACAACAAACACACCGGUACCUGCCGACUGCACAGCGGUGUCAACAGCCCAGCCUACUCUUGCUGCACAAGCACAAAUUAACUUGAGUGCAAGCACUGGCAACAAAGGUAAAGCGCAAGAAAAGUUGAAAAACGAAACAACUAAAAAUGCGGCCAUACAGACUGGAAUGGACCGCUAUAUUACAAUAAAAAGAAAACUUAGUCCGCAAAAUUCAACGGGCAGUAAGACAAAAAUAAACCGCCUUACCUCAACUCAGCAAGUCAGUACGAAUAGAUUUGCACUGCUAAGUGACAAUGCCGAUGAUGUGAAUAGCCAAAUUUCUGAAGGUGCUGCAAAAGCUACUAAUGCCAAACCUCCGCCCAUUUUUAUAAGAGAAGAGAAUCCAAGCGCUCUUGUAAAAAAAUUCACACAGCUAAUCGGUAGUAUCGAACCAAGCGUUGAAGCUGUGGAAGUUUUGGAAGCACUUAAAGAACAAGGUUUCAAUCCAAAAACUGCUGUGAAUAUUUUAAAUAGGAACAAAAUCCCUCAACCUAUGUUUAAAGUUGAGCUCGAGCCUGAAAACAAACCUCUGGGCAAAAACGAUGUGCAUCCAAAUUAUAAAUUACAAUAUCUGCUGCAUCGUAGGAUAACUGUGGAAGAACCGCAUAAGAGAAAUGGCCCUGUACAAUGCACCAACUGCCAGGAGUAUGGUCAUACUAGGUCUUACUGCACGCUUCGCUCAGUGUGCGUAGAUUGUGGAGAGCUACAUGUCUCUGCCACUUGCACAUCAACCAAAGAAGACCCGCGUGCAAAAAAAUGUAGUUACUGCGGUGGAAAUCACACAGCAAACUACAGAGGCUGUCCAGUCUAUAAGGAGUUAAAAAACCGGAUCAACCAACGCGUGGCUUCCAUACGUACUCAUAAUGUACCGAAUGCCUUUGUACCCUCCCAAACGAAUCCUGACGUCUUCUUCGCCAAAAGAGCCACGUCGCCAACAGUUCUAUCAAACACCGUCAAUGGCGUCUCGUUUGCAAGUGCCUUAAAAUCAAGCUUAGAAAACCGUGCCCCUACAAAAACUGCACCUCAAGUUGCGCCGCAAGAACAGCAUCCCCAUGCACCAUAUGGUAAACAAUCCAAUAUCGAAGCUAUGAUAGCGUCGAUGCAACAAAGCAUGAUGAAUUUCAUGACUUUCACGCAAAACACAAUGCAAGAACUCAUGCGAAAUCAAAAUACGCUGCUCAACCUGCUUGCUACUCAGCAAACAAGAUAA